GGCCGGCGUGCCCAGGAAGGUUUCCACGCCUUUAAACACAUGUUAGCUGAUCGUCUUAGAGCGCUAGGGUUAGGGUUACGAUCAUGUCCCAGCGCCCCCUCAGGGUGCUGAGUCUCCAUGGGUACCGGCAGGACGGCGCCUCCUUCCGGGAGAAAACUGGAGCUCUUCGGAAACUUUUAAAGAAACAAGUGGAGCUUGUUUAUAUGACCGCACCGCACCACGUGACCCGAGUCUGCAGCGCAGGCGGGGCCACCGGGGGGGACCUCGGGCCGGUGUCGGGGUCCGGCGGGCCCAGCGGGUCGGGGGCUGAAGGGGGGGGCAGCGGGGGCCCGGACCCCCGGGGCUGGUGGUUCUCCGACGUGGAGGGGCGGAGCUUCAGCGCCCAGCAGCGCUGUGCGGAGAGCCUGGGGUUGGAGGACAGCUUGGCGGCGGUGAGGGCGGCGGGGGAGGAGCUGGGGCCGUUCGACGGCGUCCUGGGCUUCAGCCAGGGCGCCGCCCUGGUGGCCGUGCUCUGCGCGCUCCAGGAGCGCGACCCCGACCCCCCGCUGCGCGUGCGCUUCGCCGUGCUGGUGGCGGGGUUCCGCAGCGCCUGCGAGGGCCACCGGGGCUUCUACGCCGCCCCGCUGGGCGUGCCCCCGCUGGGCGUGCCCCCGCUGGGCGUGCCCUCGCUGCACGUCUUCGGUCUGGACGACCGGGUCAUCCCCGACGCCAUGAGCCGGGAGCUCCUCCCCCUCUUCCGGGAGCCCGCCGUCAUGGAGCAUCCUGGCGGCCAUUUUGUACCGGCCUCCUCCACUCACAGACAGACCUACCAGGACUUCCUGAGCCGCUUCCUGUGAACCCUUCCCCCAGUCCUCCCCCCAGUCCUCCCCCAGUCCUCCCCCCAGUCCUCCCCCCAGUCCUCCCCCAGUCCUCCCCCAGUCCUCCCCCCAGUCCUCCCCCAGUCCUCCCCCAGUCCUCCCAGUCCCCCUGUGGGAGGAAUGCUGGGUGAUAAAGAGACUUCCACUUCCAUGUUGGUUUGUUGUUAUUCCACAGAAACAUGGCCGCCACAACAUCGCUGAUGCCAGAGCCCCUUAGUGGUCAGAGGACCUGAGUGGACCUGAGGGGGCUGUGGGGGAGUGGGA